UAUCACAACGCCGCUUGUAUGUCACGUUUCUCUGGCAGUUUGGGGUUAUAUAUUUCAGCUAGGCAAAGCCUUACAGACGCUGACCUUCUUAUUUAGUUAGCGAGAAGAGAAGUUACAGGCCUGCUCAGCGAACGCUAGCUUACAGCUACUUCUUUCUGUCGUCUGCUAGGAAUCGUUACUUAACGUCAGAUGACUUGUGUGGCAACCCCGCGCUAUAGUUCUUCUGCUUAGCUCUAAGUGCACACUGUAGGUCAACACGUCUCCACACUUCCCAUCAAUGGAUAUGGACACAUUUUAACAGGUUGAGGGAUGAGCCACUCCUCUGGGAUUGGCUACAGUGAGCAGGAGGAGGCCGAUGGGACGGACACUCCUUACUCUCCAGAACCCUGCUAUUGGACAGCCGCUAAUGGCUCUGUCUCUCAGCUGCAGCAGUGUGGGGAUGGAGUAGCUUGCCUGGAGCAAGACAAACAGGAAGGACCUCCUGAGACUCACACACACCUGGCCCACAGCAUGGACCCUGCAUGCAGACAAAUACACACAAACUCAGCAACUCAUCUCAUCACACAUGCCUGUGGAGAUGGCCCCUCUCACACAGACAAGCACACAACUCACUUACAACCAGUAACCAAAGACAGUCUGUACAUGGAAACCGCUAACAUGCCACACACACAAAUAGAAGAUGGGGGUGGAGGAGCAGAGGAGGUCAGAAACCAGAACGAUGAAAGCGAGGGUGAGGAAAUUGAAAGUAGUGAGGAGAGUCAGAAGACAGCAGACAUUACUGUGCAGCCAGUAAAAGAGACCACCACAGAAGACUCAACCACUUCGCAAACCCCACCAACAGAACCAGUCAACUGUAAUUCUUCCGAUGAUGGGCAUUCGUCUGCUUCCACGCCACCCGACCAUGCUCCGCCUCUGGUCCCAGCUCCUCCCUCAAGCUCAGUCGCUCCUGCUGUGCUGCCAGCACCUGAUGAUUGGCCACGCCCGGCUCACGUGAUGGCAGAGGUACGGGUGCGUUCUGCUCCUGGACGGGAGCGGGUGGUGCGGGGAAUGCAAGACAGUAAGAGUCUGGACGGCAUCAGCGAAGCGUGUGGAGGCGUCACGCGGGCCACGGCAGGCGAGGGCCGCAGGGCUACCAUCUCUAGUGCUUUGGAACUGGAAGGCACAGUGAGCCGCGACGGAGAUCUCACCCACUUCAUCGCCAAGAACUUGGAGCAGAAAAUCAAAAUGAGUUCACGCCCAAGCCUUGACACUGACUCUGACUGCUCUGGCCCAGUGGUGCGAGGUCGUGGUUCAUUGCGUCGGCCAGCUGACAUCCCGCCCAUAGACCCCACUGUGCUGCUGGACCUACACAAACACACACAGGACGUUGCACACAGCGUGGAGAUGAUGCUUCGCAGCCUCAAUGGAACCAUCCAGAAUAUGACCGCAUUGAGCGUGGGUUAUAUUCAAACAUAUCGAGACUCUGUGGACAGUUUGGGGGAAUCGGUAGAUAUGAGCAUAAAGGGAAUGUACACACUGAUGGCACGUUGUGAGGAACUGGAUCGCUCCAUGCAGCCCAUCCAGACGCUCGCAGCUCAAAUCAGAGACAUCAAACGUACGCUGGACGCUCUGGAAGCCAUCUGCAAGUAAUAAAUAUGAGCAUGACUACACCCUUUAGCUCCAGAAGAUGCUCUGCGACGACUCCACCCUCUGCUAAUUAUCCUGCGACCGAACCACUUUGCUAACGAUCAUGUCUCUUAGAAACGCUCUGUGAGCGCUGCGCUCCUCCCAUAUGGUGAUGAUCCUGUUGUGACUCCACCCAUUAGAAUGAUUAAAAAGAGAAAGGAACUGUGAGCUCACACCGUCCAUAAGAAGGCUCUCUCUUUCUCUCUCUCUCUCUCUCUCUCUCUCUUUCUCUUUCUUGCCAUCUGAACACAUGGUACUGUGAUUAUUUAUAUUGUGUGUGUGUGUGUGUGUGUGUGUGUGAGCGUGCACACCUGUGUGUUUUGAGAGACGAUGGUCAGAUAUAUAACAUCUCUAUUUCAGUCUGGAAAAAUCUUCUAGAAGCCAUUUUCUGUUUGUAUUCUUCUCCCUCUGGGUGUUUAUAUGUCUGCCGAUUGGAUGCUAUGUAUCCCCAAUUUCCACCAUGACUCUUGAUCAGUUCUAACACGUGUGACCUGUUAAUCAUCCUGAGAGAUUUGAACCUUCUGUUGCCAUGGUGACAGUCAUGAGGGACAUUAGCAUGGAAGCUAAGUGUGCUGUCGUUUUGAAACAAAGUCCUCGGACUGAGGAAGGGCUUGUGAGUAAAAUGAAUGUUUUUUUUUUUAAAUGGACAGCAGGAAUGAAGAGGAAUGAGGGACAGUCCCCGAACUCCAGCCCUUGUCCAUCUCGUUCUGUGUCUGCUUCCAAUGCGCCAAUUUAUUAAGCUGUCCAACAUAUGUGUAUGUUUUAAAGAAUGCAAUAUUAACAAUAAAUUUACUAAAAGUAA